ACGACUUUAGAUGGCGCUAACUUGGUAAAGAUGCGAACUGCUGCAAAAGAUAACCCGAAGUAAACAGAGCGCGGGUAAUUUGGGAAAUGGACGAACCAGCAGAGAAAAGCAUGGCUGCCGAGUCUCUGAAGCUGUAUGAGGCGCAGUUCUUCAGCUUCACUCCUCAGACGUGCAUGCUGCGGAUCUACAGUGCCUUUCAUGACAGCCUGUACGAUCUCAUGCUGGUGGUGGAGUCUGUGUUCAAGCGCAAGUUAACUCCGGAGGGGCAGGAGCCACCACAGGAGCUGGGUGUCAAGAUGCAGGAAUGCAGCCAAAAGCUGCUCCAGUUUCUACAGGGGCGCUUCGAGCUACUGUCCAGUCGCAUGGAGACACUCCUGGUGGAUAACAUUCUCUCCGUGCCCCCCAACGUCCUGUUGCCAGAGGACGAGCCCCACGUGAAGUACCCACAGGGGGCAGAGGAGCUGAUGAGAAUGGAGAGGUCGCUGGCGGAGCUACACCAGGCCUAUCAGGCAGAGGUGUGUGCAAAACAGGCCCUGCUGGCAGAACUGGGGGAGCAGCGGGAGGUGCAGGAGCAUCUGGACGGCAUCCUCAGCUGGAUUGGAGAGUUGCGCGCCAGUGGCAAACAAGAGGGUCUGGUCCAGGACAACUUCGCCGCACUCAUGGAGACGGUGAGGGACCUGCAAGACGUCAAGUCCAAGAUCCUGAAGAAGAGCAGAGAAUGAUAUGAAUAGACCCCGGCACACGUCAGGAUAUUCCUUAUUUCACCAGCUAUGUCUGUGUUUAGGGACUGAACCAGAAUGCUUACAAGACUGUUUGGUUCCUGGGUGGCAUGUAAGAACAAGUCCGAACCAUGGAUGCACCUUUCAGGGCACAGAUACUUUGGCUGGCCUCACCAGGCUGUGCCCGAGUGACCUGAAGGCCAUCACCCACAAUACCUAAACACAAAGAAUUCAUUAAAUUAAACUGAUUGUACAGAUUCCGAAUAUA